AACAUUGACAUUGUAGAAUGGCAACAUUUUUUGGAGAAAUUCUGCCAGUCAUUUCCAGAGCUGUAGAUGAUGACGAGGAAGAAGAGUCGUUUGAAAAUUUAGAGACCUCUGUAAAACUGAAAUGGAAAAAGGAAGUCAAAGAAGAAUUAGAAGUAACAAAAGAUGAGAAGCUUCAAGUGGAUGCCUUCGUUUUAGCUAUUGGCCCUGCUGCAACAGGUUUCACACAGACAUACGUCACACACCAAAAUUAUGAGAUUAUAGGUGCCCUGUUUUGCGGGAUGAAGGAGGACGAUGUAAACACAUUUGGACAGACAUCCCCCACAGAUAAAACUUGUUACAUCUACAGGAAAUGUGAUUACCCUAGUGCCCUCGUCUGUGAAUGCAACUAUGAUGUAAGGCCAGAGUAUGCCCACUCCUUUGUUAAUCAGUUAAUGUCCUGUCUCAACCUAAGUGAAGGUCAUGUUGUGAUACUGAGUUCAGCCUUCACCAGUGAGUACAAGUCAGAAAUCCCCACAUCAGACAUGAACCCUCCUUUCCUGAGAGCCCUGAAAACGGCCCCAUUCAUGGGAACUCCUCUCUGUCCAUAUUUAGAGCAACCUAAUGUGGUGACUGGACUUCCCGCUCAAGUAAUGACCUAUUGUCACAUCCACAAAGUGAAGGCUGUGUUAUACGUGUGUUACACAGACACAAUACAUUUAGACUUCGCUACCAUGAAAACAUUUCAACCUCUUGUUGAAACUACUCCUAUACAUUUGAUAAGAGAGAAAAAUACCAAGGCUAGUGAAACCCUGAAGAAAAUUGUGGACUUACACACAAAACACAGCACUCUUUAUUUAUAGCAGUAAAGCAUGGACUUUUUUGUGAUUCUUUGUGAAUGUGCUGAGAUGUGAUUGGUAUGUUCCAGUCUUGUAUGUGUUAACAUGUGCCUAUACUUGACUCUGUGAUACACCUUUUGUGUAUCAUAUUUUGAGCAACUGUCAGAGUGAGAUGUAUUUGUUCUACAGUGAAAGAGAAAUGACACAAGAACAGAAAUUCUACGGCCAUUCUGUUCAACAUUUAAACAUUUAAGAUUGAAAGGACUUGUAACCAUAAGUAUUAAAAUCUUCAUCAAAUAACUGAUGAGUUCUCUCAGUGUUUUUAGAAGCAUUGAUGAAUUAAUAUUUAGAAGUAUGGAUAUAAUGCUUCGUUAAUAUUUUAUGGGCAUAGCUAUGGUUUUCUGUGUAGAAACAGUGUAACUUUUUAAAUUUAGUUAUGGUUUAAAUUGUUCUGAAACAUUCAGAUUGUAAAAUUUUUACAGAGCAUUUUGAUCAAAGCCAUCAUUUCAUUAUUUUACUUUAGUUAGUAUUUCCAUCCUCCAGCAUUUUUUUGACAAAUACAGUUUUCUUCUUCC